AUGUUCUCAGGCAAGCUCGCUGCUCUGGCAGCUCUUCUCCCUGCAGCAGCUUUCGCUGCUAGCAAUGCCAGCAUUGCAGGCAACGGAUCCUCGGUACUGCCCAAUGGCAAGUACGAGAUCUCGUCCGAGGGCAUUCGCGCCAACUUCGUUCCUUACGGCGCAUCCAUCUCCAACCUCUUCAUCCGAGACCAACACGGUGUCGAACGUGAUAUCGUUCUUGGUUGGGACAACGCUACCUACUACACUGAGGACAAGCUGCACCCUCACUUCGGUGGUGUUCCUGGACGUUACGCCAACCGCAUCAAGAACUCGACUUUCGAGAUUGAUGGCAACACUUAUCAUGUUACCCCGAACGAGAACGGCGGACGCGAUACCCUCCACGGUGGACUCGAUGGCUGGUUCGUGAUACCAUACUCUACCGACUUCCGCUGGUCAUUGACAUAUUCUGCAGGNGAUUGGCGCAACUGGACCGUGGCCGCUCACACCACCGACUCCAUCACCUUCUCCAUUGUCGACCCAGACGGUGCGAACGGUUUCCCUGGCGAGGUGAUCAGCUAUGUUACAUACACAUUGACCCCUUANGUCUACUGGAACCUUGACGGGUUCCAAAACCCCGACGAUGCCACUAUCAACAACUACACUGUGCACUUGCCUUACUCUGGCCAGCGUGUUGCCGUCGAUGGCAUUCUCAUCCCCAACGGUACCAUCUUGCCCAACGAGCAAGGUGGCGUCUUCGACUUCUGGUCAUCACCCAAGAAGAUCGGCGCCAACCUGACUUCGCCCGAUCUUGUUGGUGGUUGUGGCAGCGGCUGUGUUGGUUACGACACCUGCUGGCUCGUCAACAGAGAUCAGAACGGACCCUAUGACUGGCGCCAAUCAGGGCCUGUUGCCACUGUGUCUAGCCCUUUCUCUGGUAUUCAGAUUGAUAUCUUCACCGACCAACAAGCAUUCCAGAUUUACUCAUGUCCUGGACAGAAUGGUUCGUUCUAUUUUGUGUUCGAUACCGAGUUAUUUCUAAUUUUGAUCAACNNAGGAACCACCACUAUCAAGGAAACCCAAGGCUUCUUCAACCAGACUGACCAACCACGUGUCGUCCAAAAGUAUGGCUGCAUGGUCAUGGAGGUCGAGGACUGGAUUGAUGCCAUCAACCAACCCGAGUGGCANAGAGAGAAGAGAAAUAUCUUCGGUCCUGGCGACGACCCAUAUGUUCUCCAGGCCACAUACAAGUUCUCCGUGAACAAAGAGUCGGCAUCUACUUCCAACUGCACAUCCAGCUACUAG